AUGUCUUCCCAAAGGCGGGAUUUCCGCCGAAUGCUCUACCGCCUAGACUUGGCGACCUCAUACCCAUCGAUCCCUGCAUUGAUUCAACACUUCAUGGACGAGACAGCGCUCGACGGUGUUGUGGAGGUGAAAAUGGUAGCUAGCCCCCCAAGGGCGGCGCCCCCACCUUCCAAAGGAAAGCGCAAUAACAAACCUCCUCCUCCUCCUCCUGCCCCUCUUCAACCUGUGACUUCCGUCAUCUCCUUUAGGCGAGAGGGCAGGGACGUCAAUGCGAUCGCACUAUUUGGCCCGGCAUCUGUACCUUCAUCCGUGUUUACAGCUGAGGAGCAAGGUGGCUUACCUCGUAACUUGAAUGACCCGCUCGCCUUUCUCGACAUGCCAGGCAUGGUGGUGAAGAAACGUUACCCUCCUCGAACUACCCUUGUGUGGGUGUUCGCCCCGUUGGUCCAGAAGUUGCUCGAUGAGGGCGCGGACACUGUGAUGUUUGAAGUUCGUAGUUACAUCGCGGGAGCAGACUCUGUUCGAGAAGCUCAGUCCACUCUUCACCCGUUUCCCCUUAUGUCACCGGCCGCCUAUCCUCAUGCGGACAACAAAGCUCCUAUACUUACAGAACUUCAUCGUCGGCCUCAAGAAAUUCGAGCAGAGGCAGCGUACGAAAGCCCACAUCCUUUACAUUACUCCCCUUCCCAACGACAACCAUCUAUACCUACACAUACUCCGGGUCCCACAGUACCUCACUGGUCCCAACCACAGCCAGAAGCCUGGAAUCCUGCAUCUGGUUAUAGCGACUUGCAGCCUCUACUCGUUCCACCGUCCUGGGGUUCUUCGUUCAGCUCCGAGGCUUGGAGCGAACAUCCAGGCUCAUCGUGGCAAUCUGAUUCUGCACCUGCUUCCUACGAUUAUCCAACAAUCCCACCCCUCCCGUGGCAAGGCUUGCAGGAGACAUCAUACGUACCUGGCGCUCUUGAACCAACCGCUGGCCAAGCUUACUUUAGGGAACCGGCGCCGCCGAACUUCCAGGAAGGCUACUAUAUGCCACAUACGAAUUUAAGUGAUCAACCAGCUACGAGCUAUGAAUCGCCUGGUGCCGGCUUCCAGGAAGAUAAUCGAGCAGUGAAUUGGGAGGCACGGUACCCAUACCUUGGUGCACUAGAUGUUCCGCCGAGCGAGGCGUUCUCCUACUCGCCUAUACCACAUGAUCGGGGUAGUGAGAUGAGGGCCUCUGAGUUUGAUCAGCGACCUAGGACUGGUAGUCCUACUUCACCUCCAGAUUCCUCGGAGCGGGACUCCUUGACGCCCACACUUACAAACCCAGGAUUUGAACGGACUUCCGCCCCUGCAUCACAGAAACAGUGGCCAUUUUCCCGAGGGCCCUCAAGCCAACCAACUCAUUGGCAGCGUUCUACCAGCGCAUACACCUCGGUUUCUCCCAAUCUAGGCGUGCCUGGAUCUUCUCGUUCUGUUUCUGCCGCAUUACCCCGGUCGCGAGUACGUUUACGUUCGAAUUCUCCAGAACCUGCAGGGGAAGCAUCAAUAAGAGGAGCCAAAAGGCUUAAAGUCAAUCCGGGCAUCCUUUCAAGUACUCACUUUAAACCCGUCGAUGUGGCUUCACCUCCACCUAUUUCUGCUGGCUCCUCUAGCUCUGCGUCAAGAUCUCUGAAAUCCCGCGUGUCCUCGACUGUGCGCCCCGCAAGUUCAACCCAUCGCUCCCACCAAACUGCUUCUCCCACCGAAGUGACGCAAGAUCAACAGGAGGCUGAUAGCUCUUUGUUAGAGAUAUUGAGCCGCCCCGCUCCCUACAAACGCAUGCUUGGCUAUGCUGCCCGCCAACAUGAUGGGAGUAUCGUAGCUUACGAGCUUGACGAUUCUGUCGCUGCAACUACUUUCGAUGAUACGUUACUGGGACUUGGUUUGAGCAGCGUCACCAAUGUCGCGGCGCUAGGUAUGGAGCUAGGUCGCCGUGCUGCCCGUAGGCAACGAGAGUCCAAUCUACGAGGCACUGUCGGGCACGAUCAAACUGCUACCACAAACACGUAUGGAGAGCACGGGAUUCCACAACAGCCUCAAGGCAGUGAUAGCCGAACAGGGCCUUUUCGUGGAGCUAUAUCCAGGCCUGCAUGGCAAGGCUGUGUGAUUGCGUGA